AUGGAAACUCGGCCGAAAUCAGAGCGAAUUAAAACAGUUGAAUAUGCUCUCUGCAAAAUCCCGCUUGUCUUUCUGCUUCUGUACUUCUUCCUGUGCUCCCUUGAUGUUUUAAGCUCUGCUUUUCAACUAGCUGGAGCUUUAUUUUCAAUUUUAAAGCGGCACUCCCGUCUGUCUCUCUUGAUCUGUCUCUCUAUCCCAGGCAGGGUAGCAGGGGAUGUCUUCCAGGAAAAUGCCAUCCUCUCUAACCCAGUAGCAGGGCUGGUGGUGGGGAUACUGGUGACAGUGUUAGUCCAGAGCUCCUCCACCUCUACAUCCAUCAUAGUCAGCCUUGUCUCUUCGGGUUUGCUGGAUGUUCAGUCAGCCAUUCCUAUCAUCAUGGGUUCCAACAUUGGAACAUCAGUCACCAAUACAGUUGUUGCUCUGAUGCAGGCUGGGGAGAGAGAGGAGUUUGAAAGGGCAUUCGCUGGAGCUACAGUCCAUGACUGUUUAAACUGGUUGUCAGUUUUGGUGCUUCUCCCUUUGGAAGCCGUGAGCGGUCUACUGAGGCAUCUGUCACAGGCUGUAGUCAACACGCUACAGCUCAGUACUGGAGAAGAAUCUCCUGAACUUCUCAAAGUCCUCACUGAGCCACUUACUAAAAUGAUUAUCCAGCUGGACCGGUCAGUCAUUACAGCCAUCGCUAGGGGAGACCAGAGUGUGAGGAACAAGAGUCUAGUGAAGCAGUGGUGUCAAACCACAACCGUGGAGGACAAUGAAACAUCCUGGGGAGCACACAACCUUUCAGAGCACACACAGAAAUGCAGGCAUCUCUUUGUGGACUGCUCUUUGUCAGACUUGGCUAUAGGUCUGAUCCUCCUGGCUUGCUCCCUGUUGGUGCUGUGCAGCUGUUUGAUACUGCUGGUUAAACUGCUCAACUCCCUGCUGAAGGGCCAGGUGGCCAGGGCUCUUAAUAAAGUCAUUAACACAGAUUUCCCUUACCCUUUUACCUGGCUGGCAGGUUAUCUGGCUCUACUAAUGGGAGCUGGCAUGACCUUUUUGGUUCAGAGUAGUUCUGUCUUCACCUCGGCCAUCACUCCUCUCAUAGGGAUCGGUGUAAUCAGUAUUGAAAGGGCCUACCCUUUAACCCUGGGGUCCAACCUCGGAACCACUACAACAGCUACAGUGGCAGCCCUGGCUAGUCCAGGAGAUAAGCUAGUAGCUGCCACACAGGGGUCCAGCCGAAACAGAGUAAAAACACCUGUUUUGUACCUUGUCCUCUGCUUCCUGCUACUCCCAUUGCUGGUGUUUGCCCUCUCCAUGGCUGGCUGGAAGGUGAUGACUGGGAUUGGCGUUCCAGUCAUUACUGUGAUUAUAUUUUUCGCAACAGUAAACAUGCUCCAGGCAUGCAGACCUGACUGUUUGCCCCUUACACUGCAAAACUGGGACCUCCUCCCUGUUUGGAUGACCUCGUUGCAACCCCUGGAUAGUGUCAUCACCAGGAUGACCCUGUGGUGCUGGCAAGGGAGAGGUUGGAGUUUUAAGGGAAGUGAUGGCCCAGUAACAUCAAUGGAGACACAAAGAGAACUCAGCAAGCCUGGAUUUUGUGAUCUACAAUAUAAUGGGGGAAACAACAGAGACACCACAGCUAACGGCAUGUCUUCAGACCACAACAUUCUUAAAAUGUAUGCAGUGUGGUUCAUCAAGAAAAAAACUAACUCAACCACUCAGGUCAAUUAA